AUCUUCCUAGCGCUAUAAUCCGAAGCUAUUGCAACUCAUCAAUCUGACGGCCUUGGCUAUAAAGCGGCUAAUCAAGAUGGCCAAGAAGAUAACUGCAUUCCGUGACAUGUGCCAGGAGGACCAGGUGGCCCUUCUUAAAGGGGGCUGUACCGAAAUGAUGAUAAUGCGUUCGGUGAUGAUCUACGACGACGAUCGCGAUUCCUGGAAAGUGCCACACACCAAAGAAAAUAUGGGUACCAUACGAACUGACCUUCUCAAGUUCGCCGAAGGAAACAUCAUCAUGGCGCAUGGAUGAGAACAUCAUUUUGAUAAUGUG